GUGACUUUUAUCUUUGGCUUCAAAGUUCGAGAAACGGAUUCUUUUCCAAAUCGAUGAGUUGUAUUUGCUGUUUAUAGUUUUCCGAUGGAAGGGUUUAAGAUGGCAGCUUUCGCGUUUGUUCUAUGGGGAUGUCUGUUGUAUUCUGUUCAUUGUCAAAGUUGUGAACAGAAAUCGGAUUUCUCUAGUUUGGUUGGUGUGUGGACACGGUAUCCAGGCAGAAGAUGUUGGGUAAUUUUAGUUCCCACAAACUCUUACAUUCACCUAUGGAUCAGCAAAAUGGAGUCGGAAAUAACUUGUGAUGAGGACUAUUUAAGAGUUAACAUUACAGGAACGAGCGACGAAUACAAAUUUUGCAGCUCGGAUCGCUACAAAAACCCAAUUACAGCUUUCAGUAAUGUUACCGUGACACAUGAGAUCAAACCUAAAGAUGGAGUACUUACGACUUUUACCUUAAAAUAUAUUAUAAAAACUCUGGAAUGCUUAAAUACGAAGAGCUUCGAAUGCGAUGAAAACUCGUGCGUUUCCGAGGAAAAAGUUUGCGACGGAGUAAAAGAUUGCAAAAAUGGAGUUGAUGAAAUUGGAUGUGAAACAGGAGUGAUGACUAUCAAGGAAGUCCCCGAAGUCAUAAAGAAUUCAGUUUCUUGGAUGAAACGGAAAAGGGUGGUUUUCCCUGGAUGGAAAGAGAACACCCCGCGUGCUGUUGUGGCCCUAUACUUAUCAUCGGCUGCUUCUUUCAAUGGCACCGUUCCAGAGGAAGAAUUGAUGGCAAAAGAAAUUGAGUUCAGCUUAGCGAUCUCUCUCCUUAAGCCAUCCCUGACCAACAGUGAGUUAAGUAUGUUCAUUAAUGCACUGUUGGUGACUUGUCACAACCCUAGACAGUUCUAUGGUAUCGAUAUGGUGAAACGACUCAAGGAUCAAAUGGAGGAAUCUGGGAACUUCACCCAUCCUCUGGCUUACUUAACACUUUGCAAUGCCAACGAAUCCUGGCCUCUCAGGGCUAACUCUGAUCUCGAUAGCAUUCUGAGUAGUAGCUCUGAAUAUCCAUUUAUGAAAGAUCUUCAAGCAAUGGCUGUCAUGGCUUUAUCAUGUAAUUACAGUAGAUAUGUCAACAACAUGCUCAGUAAUCAGCUCUUAGAUUUAUACAACAAAACAAUACAUCAUUUCAAAAGUUUACAAACUCUUGAUGGUAGUUUUGGAAAUGUCUACACCACAGCUUUAAUUACCCAAGCUCUUUUUUCCAGUGGCGAAGAGCAUAGCAGGGACUGGAACCUGAAUGCAACAAUUAAAUAUUUGAUGAAGAAACUGAAUUAUUCUUCUGUAGAUUUCUUGGCAACCUACUUGAUUCUCCCUAUUUUGAACAGUAAAAGUCUCAUGGAUAUCUCUUACGUUAAUUGCUCAGCUAACCCCCGAAAGCAUGGAGAAGAUCCUUUCUCGGAAAUCGCUGACUAUCUGGUACCGAAACAGCGAGUGCAGUAUUCUCUGUACAUAGGAGAUGAAAAGCCUGUCACGUACUCCAUUCCCCUUAAUGUGCCAAAGAAUUCUACGGCUUUCGAAGUCAUGGAAGUGGCUGAAGCAGAAGAUAAAAAAUACAAGUUUGAAUGGAAAAUGACAUCAGGAAAACUGUACGUCUACGAAAUAGCGGGCAUUAAAAACGAUCCCGAGGCUGGAAAAUUCUGGAUGUUGUAUAAAGAUUUUGCUAUGGGCUCCGAAGCCUUAACUCAUUUAACUAAAGGUCCAAAUGAAAUUAUUAUUGGAUACAUGGAACAUCUGGUUUGGUGGUACAGAACAGCAACAUUUUGAUGGAUAUAGAAAAUAAAUGCUCCGAAAUUUUGGAAUUAAUUUCUUCCAUAGCAGAGAAAAUAUUUUUUUUCUAUGACUGAAUAGAAUUAAAUCAGUGCUUGAUUUUAAUCAUAAAAUUUUGAAAUGCAUGUGUAAUUCU